AUGUCGGCAUCAUCCGAUGACUACAUCAUCUAUUUGUCAUUAAUACAAAAGAAUCUAUAUGCAUACGGUGGUCCAAUUGUUGUCAUUCUUGGUACAAUAUGUUGUGCAAUCAGUUUGUUGGUCUUCUCUCAAAAGAAACUGCGCAAAAAUCCAUGUGCUAUGUAUUUAAUCGCAGUUAACAUGUCGAGUGUCUUAUAUAUUUAUUUAUCAAUAUUGAUAGUGGUCUUAGGAUUGGGUUAUAAUAUCGAUCUAAGUUCAUAUAAUAUUAUUAUUUGUCGAUUUAUUUACUAUUUUUCUCUAUUGUUCGAUGGUCUUAGUUCAUUUUACUUGAUCUUAGCUUCGAUUGAUCGAGUUUUAGUCACUUCACGCAGUGCUCUGAUCCGACAACGAAGCACUCGUCGUUUGGCUGUUGUGUCUCUUACACUGGGAACAAUAUUCUGGAUGGUAUUCCACUGUCACACAUUCAUUUUCAUCAUCAAGCAAGAAUUAGCACCAGGUUACUUUGUUUGCUACUUUCAAGCAGGUUUAUAUGCGGCUCUUGUUGGAUAUUACUCAACUAUCAAGGUAGUUCUCACAUCUUUAUUGUUGAUCAUUUUUGGAGUUUGGACGCGGCAAAAUCUUCAAAAUAUCCAUCGUCGACAAAUCGUUCCUGCAAACAAUACGAUCAUGCAUUCAAUCGGUGAAAAAGACACAAUAGUUCACUUAAAGAAUCGCCAAUUUGCACUGAUGUUAUUGAUGGAAAUCUUGAUUUACAUUACCUUCACGUCGAUGUUAUGUAUCGUCGGUGUCUAUCAGCAAAUAGCCAAGAACGAAGCGCAAGCCGCGUUCAAUUAUUUCAUUCGUAUUAUCGGCACUUUUGUUUCUUCCGCUUUGCUUGUGAGCUCAACGUUGGAUGAACCUCAGAGAAACAGUGUGUCGACUUCUGUUUGUNCAGCACUUGAUCUUCAUAUUAUCCAUUUGAAACAAGUGAUUCCUGAAGUAACCUUACUCGAACCUCCCUUCGAAGGCGCUCAUAUCUAUCCAAAGAUCAAACGCUCAUGGUAUCGCAAGAAAAGGUAUAAUAUUUCAAUAUGCUUAUUAGCGAUUUUAGUUGUUGGAGCAAUUAUUCUGGGAUGUGUGUUAGGUCUAAGAUCGACGACUAAAACACCAGCAUAUGUUUGCAUGGAACCAUAUAUAACCUCAUCAAGUUUCACAACUGGGUCUUCACCAGAUUAUCUGGUGGUGGCGGAUUUUAAUAACGACACAAACUCAGAUGUAGCAGUUCUAACCCAAGAUACCUAUCCACUUUAUGUUUUAUUUGGCAACAGUGGAGGAACCUUUCCAACUGAAAUAACUUUUGUAACUGGUACUUCUCCCUAUAGUGUUGUAGCAGCUGAUUUGAACAAAGAUAACAUCACGGAUUUAAUCAUAGGAAGCGAAGACGACAAUGCACUCAGUGUACUUCUUGCUAAUAGUGAUGGUUCAUUUGGUAUUCAGACUCGAUUUAAAAUUGGUGCCAGUGUGGGUUCCGUUGCGGCAGCUGAUGUUAAUAAUGAUCAAAUUCUAGAUCUUGUAGCAACUAACCUUAAAGAAAAUACCGUAAGCGUUCUAUUAGGUAUUGGUGAUGGAACAUUCUCCGAUCGUACAUUAUAUCCAACCGGCAAUCGCCCUCGUUCAGUAGCGACAGGUGACUUUAACAAUGACUCAAUCAUCGAUCUGUCAAUAGUCAACCAGGAUGAUGGUACUAUUAGUAUAUUACUUGGUAAUGGCAAUGCUACAUUUCAGGACCAAGUCAUUUAUUAUGUUGAUCCAGGCGCAGAUAAUUCGAUAACACGUGACUUUAACUAUGAUGGCAUACUGGAUCUAGCAGUAUCUAAUUAUGUAACUAACAACAUUGGUAUAUUGAUAGGUAAUGGUAAUGGAACAUUUCAAGAUCAGUACAGAUUUAACACCCAGUCUGGACCCAAUAGCAUGAAUGCUACUGACUUUAACAAUGAUGGCAUACUAGACUUGGCAGUUCCUAAUUGGAAUUCGAAUACUUUCUGUGUAUUGUUUGGAAAUUUAAAUGGUACUUUCCAGGAUUGUGUGCCGUAUCCUACAGGAGCUAUGCCUAGCGGUGUUGCUUUUGGCGAUUUUAAUCAUGAUAACUAUACGGAUAUAGCAGUGACUAACUACGCCGACAAAACUGUUAGUGUAUUUCUCAACCGUGGAAAUGGAACAUUUCAGCCACAAACGAAAUAUGCCGUUGGUUCCGAAGCAAGAGCAGUGGUAUCAUUUGAUGUUAACCUAGAUAAUCAUCUGGAUUUAGUUAUCAUCUGCCAUGGAGAUACAAAAAAUUACAUUCUAUUAGACAGUGGAAACGGACUUUUUGAAGGUCGAAUACCGUAUGCAAUGGAACAAAAUCAUCAAUUUAUGACAUCAAGUGACAUUAACAAUGAUAAGAUGU